GGGGAGCGCCCAGAAGGGCCGCACCCGCCAUGCCCGCGCGCACGCGCGGCGCGGUGACAAGAUGGCCGCGCUAGGCUGGGUGCUGAGGGCGGCUCGGCAGGUUCUCCCCUCACCCUGCCCAGGGCAGGUGCGGACCUACUACGUGGACUGGAGGAUGCUGCGGGAUGUCAAGAGGAGGAGGCUGGCCUACGAGUACGCCGACGAGAGGCUGCGGAUCAACGCCAUCCGGAAGAACACCAUCCUUCCCAAGGAGCUGCAGGAAGUGGCUGACAAGGAGAUCGCGGCCCUGCCCCGGGACAGCUGCCCUUCGAGGAUCCACAACAGGUGUGUCCUGACGUCCCGCCCCCGGGGCGUGAGGCGGCGCUGGAGGCUCAGCAGGAUCGUUUUCCGCCACUUUGCUGACCACGCUCAAGUGUCCGGGGUGCAGAGGGCCAUGUGGUGAUCACCAGGGGAUGUGCAUUCAGGCAGAAAACACAAAGCAGGCUCAUUUGUGCAUGUGAGCAAUUAAAGCGAGACUGUCCUGCCUGAGAGUCCAGCAUCAACAUCAAAUAAAUAAGGGAAAGGACAAGAAGUUGUGCUGAUUCAUUAACCUCACUGGAGUGCAGUUGGUAUCAGCUGACAAGCAGCACAACUGCACUAAAUCAGUCUGUGUGAGAGGCAGUUUGAUUCUGAGGAAGUUCCCUACCCGAUGGUUGCAGAACUAAGCUGAGGUUUGUGGUAUGGGCAGUGUUAGAAAUAAAGACAUACAGCACAAGGCUCA